AUGAAUUUCCCUCUGUCGGAACUGAACAAGAUCCGACUGGCGGUCCAAAGCCCGGAAGCACCUGACCUCCUGGACCAGUCACUAUCGAAUCACCAGAUAGACGUGGCAUGCCUACAGGAAACAAGAAUCCAAGGAGAAUCCAAAGUAGAAACCAAAGGGUACCAGAUACUCACAAACGCAUAUCAAGAGAACACGGGUAUCCAUGGAGUGGCAAUUGCAAUAUCGAAAAGGAUAAACAAUUGUGUACAGGUAUGGAAAGCUGUGAGUGCAAGAGUCUGCAUGCUCAUAAUAGAAGCUAUGGCCACACCUGCCACCAUAAUAUCAUGCUACGCUCCGAUAGAAGAGGCCGAAUCAGCGACGAAAGUUGACUUCUACCAAAGUCUCCAUGCCACAGUUGACGACACUCCAAAGGGAGACCUACUACGGAUCGGAGGAGACAUGAACGCAAAGCUCGGUCAAGCGCAUAUAGCCGAAAGCAGCUACAUUGGUAGGGCGGUCAAGCCAUCCCAACGGAACGAUAAUGGCGACCGCUUGGCCCUGUUCUCGGCAUACAACGACCUAUGCAUCGCAAAUACCAUGUUCAGGAAAAUGAUUCACCAAUUUCCUACAUGGUGCUCUAGAGACAGGAGAACAAGAAAUCAAAUCGACUUCCUAUUGAUUAGAAGAAGAUGGCGCACAUCGAUAAGUGACGCCCGCGUGAGAAAAGACGAGCUUCUUCUCGACAGUGACCACCGAAUGCUUACGUGCGCCCUCAAGUCGAAGCUUAUAGUCUACAAGAAGACACAGAAAACACAAAGGCUCAACCAUGAUCUACGCCAGACCGCGGGAGGUGUACAACACGACGUCCUAGUAAACCAGAAAUGGAGCGUAUCAAAAAAGCUUUAG